CUCAACUUUCAAUUGCACAUGUGGAACAUUGCUCUUAAGACUCCGGUUCCGGAGGACUUAAAAAAGCCAGCUCCUUCCCUCCUUCUAUAAUCCGGCCACCACUUCGUUCAUCUACCUAGAAUCCCUAUCGACAGUCUCCCUCGCAUAUAAAUAGUUAAACAACAAUGGCUGCAUCUGCAAGGGACUUCGACUCCGUUCAGGAAGCUUCGAGCCUCAGCGUUUCGCAGAACCCGAAUCUGUCCACCUCCCCUACGGCCUCGUUUCAGUCUGCACCAUCCAGCCAUGGAGGCUCAGCUUUCGGCAGCCGCACAAUCCCUCUCGCCAACACCAAACACCUGAAGCCAUUCGCCACCGAGGACAUCAAAGUAUUACUCCUGGAGAAUGUCAAUCAGACAGGCAGGGACAUCCUCACCAAACAGGGCUAUCAAGUUGAAUUUCUUAAAUCGUCACUUCCGGAAGACCAACUUAUUGAGAAAAUCCGUGAUGUGCACGUGAUCGGUAUUCGAUCCAAGACGAAACUCAGCGCUCGCAUCUUGAAAGAAGCGCGGAACCUUAUCGUCAUUGGCUGUUUCUGCAUUGGAACCAACCAAGUUGACCUCCAAUACGCGGCUGAACACGGUAUCGCUGUCUUCAACUCCCCAUUUAGCAACUCCAGAAGUGUUGCCGAGUUGGUCAUUGCUGAAAUCAUUGUCCUCGCCCGUCAACUUGGCGAUCGCUCAAAUGAAAUGCACAAUGGCACUUGGAACAAAGUGAGCAACAAAUGCUGGGAAAUUCGCGGGAAAACGCUCGGGAUAAUUGGAUACGGCCACAUUGGCGCUCAGCUUUCUGUUCUAGCUGAGGCCAUGGGAAUGUCGGUCAUAUUCUAUGAUGUAGUGAACCUAAUGGCAUUAGGUACAGCCCAGCAAGUGCCGACUCUGGAAGGGCUUCUUUCUCGAGCCGACUUUGUUACUUGCCAUGUUCCCGAGCUUCCGGAAACGAAGAACAUGAUAGGACAGCAGCAGUUCGAGCAGAUGAAGACUGGUAGCUAUCUCAUCAAUGCUAGCCGUGGCAGUGUCGUGGAUAUUCCAGCACUUAUCCACGCCAUGCGUUCUGGCAAAAUUGCGGGAGCCGCUCUUGACGUCUAUCCUAACGAGCCGGCUGGCAAUGGCGACUAUUUCAACAGCGACUUGAAUACUUGGGGAGCAGACCUUCGUAGUCUUAAAAAUUUGAUCCUGACCCCGCAUAUUGGAGGUAGUACCGAAGAAGCACAGCGUGCAAUUGGCGUGGAAGUUGCGGAAGCGUUGGUGAGGUAUGUCAAUGAAGGUACAACAUUGGGCGCCGUCAACCUCCCUGAAGUCGCUCUUCGAUCAUUGACCAUGGAUGAGUCAAACCAUGCCCGGGUCGUUUUCAUCCACCAGAACGUUCCUGGUGUUUUGCGGAAGGUCAACGAAAUUCUUGGAGACCACAACGUUGAUAAACAGAUGACCGAUAGCAGAGGCGACGUGGCCUACUUGAUGGCUGAUAUCAGCGACGUCGACAAUUCCACAAUCAAGGAUCUUUAUGAGAGACUUGAAAGCCUUGGGUCACGGAUUAUGACCCGCAUCUUAUAUUGAAGACAGUAGUCCGCAAGCAGCAUCGGGCUGCUUAUCGUGCUGGGUAGGUUGACAUGGAGGGGCUAUUAUGUUAGUGGUCUCUCAACAGAGGUAACAUAACGGGAUUGAAAAGCAAAGAAAGCAAAGUAAAUAUAUAUCAUAGAUGCGCUGCAGACCAGCAGGCAUUCACUCAGAGCCCACAACUUGAAGGCGAUUCCUUCUAUAUUGGUGUGUACUGACUGGGCUUUGCUUUCGGAUAAGCCCGCUGAACUAGUUAUUAUUUGCACAUACUUGGCCAUAUGUUCAACACCGCCGUACAAUCUCGAAUCUCACACCCGAUGAAUUAGUCAGGCUUAUUAUCACAUAUUAGGGGGCAAAU